AUGCGGUUGACUAGCUUCCUUCUCUUCUUUGUCGUCAAAGCUUUCGCUCUUCCCGGGAACCGCUGGGGAAAGCUGACGGCAGCUCAAGUUGAAGAGUUUAAAGAGUCGCUUGGUCGCACUGAUGCCGACAAAUUUCACGAUGCUCUGUUGAGAGCCCGAGAAACAGCUCGAUUUGCCUCAUCAGCUCAAUCAGAUGUUCAAAUUAAAGAAUUCAACGAGGCUGUAAAGGUAAUCUCGACAAAAACAUUAUCGAAAAAGAGCGGCGGUGGUGUGUCAAAGGUCAACAUCAACAGUGGAAUAGCAGAGCAGCUGUACAAAGGCGAUAUGAUUCUCACAAAUGAACAAAUUGAUAUCCUUCUUCCGUCAGAUGACUCAAAUGCGACAGGACGAAAGAAACGUCAAGCACAAGCGCCAGCUCUUUUAUGGGAAAAUGAUGGAACGACAAAGGUUUACUACGAGUUUGCUCCGUCGCUUACCCCUGCUGCAAAAGCGGCCGCUCAAGCUGGCAUCAAUUUUUGGCACAAAUCAACUUGCAUUGAUUUUGUUCAAUCAACCACUGCAACAAAUCGAAUCAAGUUCUUCCGAGGAAGCGGCUGUUUUUCGAAUGUGGGAAUGACUGGUGGUGUGCAAACGCUUUCACUUGGAGAUGGUUGUGAAACGAUCGGUCAUUCGACUCACGAGAUCGGACACGCGCUCGGUUUCUGGCAUACGCAGUCACGAUGGGAUCGUGACACUUAUCUGAAUGUGUAUUUUGCGAAAAUUCCCGCCGAAUGGAGAGAUCAAUUCACAAAAGAGACGAAAACAACCAAUGCCAACUAUGGAAUGCCUCAUGAUUAUGGCAGUGUGAUGCACUAUGAUGGAAAUGAGCUUUCACCAAAUGGACAAACCUACAUGGUUACUAAGGCCACUUCAUAUCAAGACAAUAUGGGCUCCUAUAUUGUUGGUUUUUACGAUGUAGCUAUGAUGAACACUCAUUAUAAAUGCACCGCUAAAUGCACAACAGGAGCCACUUGUCUGAAUGGAGGAAUCCGGAACUCGCGAGCUUGUAACACGUGUCUUUGCCCAGCUGGAUGGAGUGGCGCCACGUGUAACACAAGGCCAACCGGUUGCGGCUCAUCGUUGACUGCUAAAGCAGCCGUUCAAUCAAUUACUAUUGGUGCUGGAACUGCUGGAGUAAAUCUUGUCGACUUCACCACAUGCAAUUACCUGAUAACGGGCCCAGUGGGGAAAAAGCUCGAAAUUGUGAUUGCGACAAUGAAUGGUUAUGAGUGUUUGAAUGGAUGUUUCGACAAUGGAAUUGAAAUCAAAUCAAUUGCUGACCAUCGUUACACGGGAAUUCGGAAAUGUUGUUCGGAGGAUGCGGGCACGAAAAUCGUCUCCCAAAAGCACAUUGUUCCAAUCAUCGCCUUCACACGAUUCAAUCGACAAACGGCUCGCAUCACGUAUCGUUGGGUUGAAUCGACUGUUGCUUCGACAGCAACGACAGCGCAGAUUCCAGCCACAAAACCAAGCUAU